AUGAGUUUCGCCAAAGACUGGCGAGUCCAGUUCUUGGACGACGAGCCAUUCUGCGACCCAGCUCGCGAUGAUGCCGAAGUCCUUUGCGAAGGAUCCGACGACGAAUAUUACGACAGCCCAGAAGAGAGAAGACGCCGGAUUGAGGAUGCCGCCCACCGAUAUUUAAGCGGCCAAGCCCCCGUGCUGUUGACGUCGGUGCUACGAGGCCCGUUUGAAGGACCAGAUGCGAAAGGCUGGGUCAACCCAUGGCGGUCGAAGAGAAGCAGAAACCCACCAGUCGCCGUCGUGGAGACUGUCGCGGAGCUUGAGGUUGCCGAGAGUGAGCUAUCAGACGCCGAUGACACGGGAUCUUGUCAUCUACCCAGCCCCCGGAGCCUGGACCAGGUCGGGGUCACGGCCAACCCGCAUAUGACAGCAGAGGAUCUCGAGAGGUCUCAAUCUCACAGGAAACGCCGUUCUAUGGGAUCAGACUGGCUCAAGCGGAAGGACAACAAACGUCGGAAAGCAGAAGAGGAAGAUGUCGAAGGUGCAUCCAUUGUCGCCUUGCCUAACACGCAGCACCCUGGUCAAAGCCGAGAUCUUUCUCAGGAUAUGUAUAGGACACUACCUAUGAUUAUGGACGAGACUGCGCAAAGCCUGCCGGGUACCCAAAGUCAAUCAAGGUCGUCCAGAAGGGCAUUGCAAAGGUCCAACAAAUCUUCAUCACAACAACUCCCGCCUCAAACACCAGCCAAACCCACUGCCAGCCCCGAGGAAGAGAACCCCGCCCCGCUGAGCACACCCAUUCAAACACCUCCAUCUGCGAAGAUGUCAAAAACGACUCCACAAACAAACGCGAGAGAAGAGGCGCCCGCAGAGGUCGAUGUGGAGAUGCAAGCGAAGGAUACCGACGACAGCAUUGAAGUUAAAAUAGAAUUCGAGACUCAAGAGGACGAAAGCUUUUUGUUUCGCGCACGGCCCAGAAGCCGUGGUACUGCUGCCAAUGCCAGUGUUGCGAUCAACGAACAUCAUUCCUCUUCCCCCGCCCCCGCGACGCCAGACACCGAGUCGGAGUCGCAGUCAGAUUCAGAACCAGCCGAUGAAGCUAUGGACCUUGACGGGGAAACCUGCUUUCCUGACGACACCAAAGCGACUUCGCCUGAGUCUAGUAGAGCCGGUGAGAAUCCGAAGGAGGACGUUGCAGACAACCGCCAGCCUGAUGCGGGAACCAAGGGGACAUUACUUCAACUGGCCGCAGAUUUGGCCUCGGGUAUUGCUAUGAGGAGAACGGUCAUCUCUGAGACUAUAGAUAUGGCAGAGACAGUUCAUUGUGCAGUUGCUACGAAGCAAAAGGAAACUAAUGCUCAGGACGAGCCAGUAUCGGCCAGUCAGGAACAGACGAUAGUCGCGCAACCUGAGUCGCCACAGAAGCAGAAGCAUACUGAAACCGGUAACGAAGAGGUGCCGGCCGAGCAGGAACGGACAGCAGCGGUACCACUCGAUUUGCCGGAGAAGCAGAGGGCAUCGACACCCAAGCAAGUCCCUCCCCAACCAACCCCAGCCGUCGUACUAGACCAACAAACUGCCGCCGCCGUUUCUCCGGGCAUGCAGGAUCUUUCCGUCAGCAGCGCGGUCCAGGAGAUUUCGCAACAAAGCCCCUGGUCGAAAACCGAAAUGCCUCGCCCGAGUAGUCCUUGUCCUCCUGCUCCAUCGGCGGAACAUCAGGAUCACAGCUAUACGACGGAGACACCCAUGGGUGGACAAAAGUACACCAAUCCAGAGACGCCCAUGGUUCAAGACGACGAGUUCGAACCUACACCAAUGAAUCCCAAGCACAUGCCCCAUUCUGAGUCCAUGAAUGGGAUCGUCCGGACAGAUAUUCAACGGUCUGAAGACUAUGCAUCAUCUAGCAUUCAACCCGACGACGUCACCCCCGCGCGUGAGAGCCCAGCUCUCCCAGCAUCUCAGCAAAGUCCUUGGAAGGCGGACGUACCUGCCGUUGCCCCAGUGCGCCAGCUUCAAUCGAUUCGGGAGAACAGCCAGCACAGCUUCCUAGAUCCCAGCUACCAGAGCCCCUGGGCCUCGAGCCCGGUCAAGAUGCGUCAGGCUGCUGCAGAAGCUUUGGCCUUCAAUUCUUUCAAUAGCCCCAUGCCCGCCUCACCCUCGCCGCUUGCCUCGUCAACUUCAGCAUAUGUGCCCACGCCCUUGGCCGAGCCCGUCAUCGAACAGGAGUCAGUACCUCCCAUGGAGACUGUGAGAGCUUCGACGCCUGAACCGAUCCUUGAGAUCAAGCGUUUUGCCAACUUCAUGUCACCUUCUCCUGAAAGGCCUCGGCGCCAGCCUAAGAGGGCGCGCGUGAGUGGGGGCCAUCUGCCAAGCACGCAAAACCUGUUGGCAGCCACAGUCGACAACCCUUGGGACGCGACUCCCAGACCAACCAAGCGUGUCAGAUGGGCUCCGGAGGUUGAGGGUGGUGAAUCCCCUGACGGCAGUGAUCCUGCCACCCCCUUGGUGAACAGGACAGCCUCUCCGCCGCCAGAGUUGGCAGUAGCAGAUCUUCCCACCGGUGAAGAUGACCAGUUCCAGAAGCACUUUCAGGCGGUCUCGCGCAGGACCAAGAUCACCCACAGGCUCCUCCCGUCCGCAUCACAGCAGGCUCUUGAAAGCCCCGGGCCAAUGGCCAUGGCCGAAGCCUUUGUCACAGCAGACGCCCUUGGAGCAAAAGCAGCGGCGCCCGAGGCACACAUGGUGGCGCACGAUGUACCGAGAGCCUCGCAGCAGCCACUUCAGCUGGUGUCUCAGGAGGUCGAUGACGUGGACGCUGUGCUCGAGAAUCUUAAUGAGUUCAUCGAUAUGUGCGAUGUCCAGGCCGAUCUCGAGCGCACCAAGGAAGAAGAACGACAAGAACGGGAGAAGCGGGAGCGCGAGAAGCAGAAUCAGCAGAAGAAUGGCAUCACGAGUAGUCAACUCUUUGGGAGGUUUUCCAGUGGGGGAUUCCUAGAUGCGGGCGUGUGGGACUGA